UUACUUAAUGCACAUAGCAAUCUCAACUCAAAAUCGUCACCUGUCGCGCUGCGCGUUCGCCGGUCGGCCCACUUACUUUAUCGCUAAUAAUUUUUUCCCGAUUUUACCGGAUUUUUUGCAUUAAUUUUUGAAAGUUCGAAAGCUCGCUAUUCCAUAAUCUAUUUACACAAACAAAUAGCAUGUAAUAAUAAAUUUAAAAUUUCAGCGCUUUUAACAAAAAGAAAGAAAAAAAAACAAAAACAAAAAAAAAAUAUAUAAAAAAAAGAGAAAUAGAAAAAUAUGCCAACGCCGACAAGUGCUACACAAAGUAUUGAAUCUUUGCCUGCCUCCAACCACAACAACAACAACAAUGAAGAGUCAACUUUGGAUGCCAUACUUAUACGUUUGGGUGAAUUUGGGCGCUUUCAAACCGUUAUACUAAUACUCACCUGCCUGCCGGUGCUGUUCAAUGCUGUCUCAUCCGUCACAUACAUAUUUACAGCUGGCAAUGUGGCGCACAGGUGCAACAUCAGUGAAUGUGAUGGACCACAGAGCGCUUACGAUGAGCCCUGGGUAAAAUUCGCUAUACCGAUGAAGGGUCGUGAACUAGAUCAAUGUCAGCGAUACGCGCCGAGAGCAACUACCAACUGGACAACUCCACGGGAAGAUGAGCAGUACUGCACGGCAGAUAAUUUUAACCAAGAACUUACAGAGGAUUGUGCGCAUAAUUUCAUUUUUCGCAACGACGAACUUACGAUAUCAAAUGAUUUCGGUAUUUACUGCGAUGACGAGUGGAAACUCACUUUAACCGGCACAAUUAAUAAUGUCGGACAAUUCUUCGGCAUACCACUUGGCGGCCUUAUAUCGGAUAGGUAUGGACGCCGUAAUGCGCUUGCUCUGGGUGGCGUGCUCAGUGCCAUCUUUGGCAUUAUGCGUUCGUUUACCACAACUUAUGUGCCAUUCCUCAUCUUCGAGUUCCUCGAUAAUGUCGCCAAUAGCUCACUCUAUUCGAUUUGCUUCAUUAUUGGCAUUGAACUGGUGGGUCCCAGCAAGCGUGUAUUCGCUUGUAGUAUAAUUACAAUUUUCUACGCAAUUGGCGAAAUGCUCUUGGCUGUGGUCGCAAUGUACUACCCGAAUUGGCGUAUUAUACUUCGUAUAUUUUACAUACCCGCCUUGGCGAUGUUAUCCUACUUCUGGGUACUGCCAGAGAGUGUACGUUGGCUUUUGAGUCAGGAGCGCGAAACGGAAGCAACGGAUGUAUUAAAGCGCGCUGCACAAACCAACAAACGUAGAUUGUCCGAUCCCUCGUUGGAUAAGUUGAUUUUAGCGAAUCGUGAGAAACUAUCCACACAGUGUGGCGGCCGUUUCCCGCUACGUGAAGCGUUUGGUAAAUUAUUCUUUCGCAUUGCGAACUGUUCGCUGUGUUGGGUCGUCACGGUGCUCGUCUACUAUGGUCUGAGUUUGAAUUCUGUACUUUUGGGCGGCAAUAAAUAUUAUAAUUUCAUAUUGAUCGCGUUCGUGGAGAUACCCGGAUUUUUUAUACCCUGCCUAACGAUGGAUCGUUAUGGUAGACGAUAUUCUCUCUGCGGUUAUAUGUUGCUCAGUGGCCUGUGCUGUCUUUGUACGGUAUUUGUGGACUCGGAACAUUACUAUAUGCAGCUGAGCUUAUUUUUAGUUGGUAAACUCGCCAUCACCGCUGCCUUCCAAGUUUUAUACUUUUUUACCUCGGAAAUAUUUCCAACAAAUUUACGCAACAGUCUGAUGUCGUUCUGUUCGAUGGUUGGCCGAAUUGGAUCGAUGGUGGCGCCACAAACGCCGCUGUUGGCUAAAUAUUAUGCAAAUGCACCGGCCAUAUUAUUUGCAACCUUUGCUCUAAUCAGCGGUUGCCUCUCACUGCUCUUUCCAGAAACCUCAAAUACAAUUUUGCCAACAACAGUGCAUGAAGCUGAUAAAAUUGGCAAUAAAAGAUCUACCAGCGAUCCAAAUAGCAGUACUUUUAAUUUAGAAAAUGAAAAUACCUAUAUGUAAUAAAUAUAAAUAUGUUAUAAAAAAUAAUUUAGAAAAUUA